GAGCAGUAUGAUCUUUUAAUUGUUAAGAUUCCUAAACUUUAUUUAUGAUAUUAGUAUGUAACUAUAUAUAACGAGGAUACUAUUAUUUGCAGUCUACUUGAAGAAUAUAUGAUAAGAACAUAUGGCUGCUUAAAUGCGAAAGAUGUUUGGACCAAUUAUGAUCAUUACUUUCCAAGUUGGUUUAAAGGACAUGUUAUGGAUACUGGUGUAAAUGACGAUGUUAUUCAUUCUUUAGCACUUGGUCCGUCGACAAGGGUCUGGAAAUUUAAUAGAUAUUUCAUUAAUGGUUUUCAUUUUCAUACUUUCAACUUUGGUAAAAAUAAAUCAACCACAAACUAUGGUGUUUGUGUGAAAGGUGUUGAAGGAAAUGAUUACUUUGGGGUUCUUGAAGAGAUUAUAGAAUUUGUUUAUAUUGGGGCUAAGAACAGCUAUAAGACAAUCUUGUUCAAAUGUGCAUGGUAUGAUCCUGGACAAGGCACUAGGAUGCAUGAAAAAUAUAAACUUGUAGAGGUUAAUCAUACAAGAAGUUAUCCAACGUAUGAUCCAUUUGUAUUGGCUUACCAAGUUGAGCAAGUCUAUUUUGCACCUAGUCCUACUAUGAGAAAGGAAAGAAAUCCAUGGUUUUAUGUCUUUAACAUUAAACCUAGAGGUACUAUUGACGCUCCUUUAGAUGAAAUGGCAUUUCAAGAAAUAACCACUGAAAACCCUCCAUUACUUUCGGAAGAUAGGCAAGAUGAUGGUGAUGACGAUUUGCAUUGGGAUUCACUUGAGUAUGAAAUCCUUAAUGAAGAAGAAGAAGAAGAAUUGGAGGAAGAGGAAGAGGAAGAGGAAGAGAUGACUUAUAGGUGUCGAGGUGGUUUAAAUGGGAGAGGUCCCAUUAUUCGAGGACCCCGCAAAGUUGUUGAAACACGUGACUUUACAGAAUCGGAUGCAACAGAAAAUGCACUAGAAAAUGCAACAACAGAAACAGAACACGCAACAAAUCAGCAAAGUGAGACUCAUAUUAGGAGUGAUGAACAGCUUAGCAAUGGGGAUCUUGAUAGAGGCAUAACUGUAUCAGAUGAUAGGUGUAAUCCUCAAGCGAAAUUAGUUUUGGACCCUGAUAAAUUAUGGUAA